UAAAUAAGUCUUGUUUCUUUAUAAAAUGAAAUGUAAUCUUCAGCCCCCCCUCCCCACCAUAAUAAUUACACACUGUGCCUUAGUAAGGCUCGGCAGCUGUCCUGUGUGUGGAAACUGAAACUACUGUAGUUUCUGGUCAUCCACAAGUUACUCAUCCCCAGUGACUGUAGAUGCAGCGUUAUUAUUCACAGUCUAGUUUCACUGACCCGACCAUGAUCAGGUUCUGUGUCCUGGACAGUGAGGCUGCUGAGUGUCAUGUCUCUGAGUGCUCACUAGAUGGCCAUAAUAAACAGUCCAUCCCCCAAAACUCAAAGAUAAAAUUCAAUAUUCACACAAGCCUGAUCAAAUCCUGAAAUUUCUCCUCAGCCAAUAAAUUUAACACCAAAUGUUCAGGCAGUGUUCAUAUUUGUAUUGUAUAUGCUAAGGUGAUGCUUUAUGCUAAGUAAUACCAGGGCCAGGAUCAACAAUAUCAAUACAAGUGGCUAAUGUAAUGUCAUUUUUAUUAGUUUAAUGCAUAAUUAAUUGGCUUCUAAACACAUUACAGCUGAGUAAUUUCUUUUUACUAUUCUCUGUUAAUAACUUACACAUACAUGCAUGUUAAAACACGAGACAGCUUUUAACGGUUAAUAACAAAAAUGUUGAAUUUGUGUGAAUUCUUUGAACUAACAAAUUGAUCACUGUGCACAUGCACACAACAGCAGCAAAGAAGCAAAGAGUGACACCAAAAGGUGUGUUCAUGAGCCCAGAACAUGAUAUAUACAUUGAUACAUUUUGUAUCAGUCCUAUUGAAGCUAGUAUUGAUACUCAAAAUAAGACUGCGGUAGUGUCAGUACUUUAGGUAUAGUUCGGCCCACCCCUAUGUACAUCAUGGUCGCAAAUCUACCUCCUGACCUUUAUUUGUAUUGUACAUCACUCUGGUUUCCCUCAUAUUUACAUCCUGUCUACAAUCUCUCAAGUGCUCAAUACAGACAAAUUGCAGCAGAAGGACUGAAACUGAGGAUUUUCCUACUAACAGAUCAAGAACAUAACGAAAUAAAGAAGCCACAAACUUUUGGUAAAAUAACAGUUGAGAAAUAAUGGAAGUGCUGUAUGGGAGCUUUUAUAUCUUCCAGAAAAUAUUUCUGGUUCCCACAAUGAGGGAAGUUUUGAUGACAGAAGAAGUACAAGACCACACAGAAACUGAGGAGAGACUGAUAGUGACUGUUUGUGUAAUUAUAGCAGUUAACAAACAAACAAGUUCCGUAUAAAUGCCAGACUACUGACAGUGAAAAUGAGUGUUUGCAUCUCACUGCAAUCCACACAGAGCUCUGCGUCAUGCAAGGUACAUCCAUGAUGCUUUAGUAUUUUAGGCAAAGUGUGAGAAAGCUGUGGACAGACACUCUGCAGGGAAAUGCUGCAACCCCUCACGAGGUCUGUAGCCCUUCCAGCUAUAAAAAACUGGUCCUGGAGGGGGCAUAUACAACACGACAACUUUUACAACAGCCAGCAACCAGAAACUACACUGUCAGUUCCUGGACCAAAGACUUGAAACAAGAUGGUCUCUACCUCAGCUGACUGAUGACUAAAGAAUAUGCAGAGCCAUUGUUUCCCAGAAGGCAGCCUGACUGCUGGUUAACAGGGGAAGUUUCACAGCAAACGGGGGUAGUGGGUGGGUCAAAACUGUCACCCAGAGGGUUACUUCUGUGAGCAUAUAUAAGAGGAAACCUCAGAAACAGCUCACAAACGCCUAUACUCCAAACGCUGAGUGGACACAAAGUAAAUGUAGGGUUCAUUUAACUCUGGAGCUGUGUCUGAGAGGAAUUCUGUCAACAAAGUCUGUGUUCGCUGGUAUCUCUUUCCAGCAGACGAAUAUACAGCCGGGCUGCUGCUCUAUUGUGCAGGAUGUCUCAAAGGAAGAUGCUGCAGUUCUCCACGGGAGCUCUGCUUCUGCUCCUACCCUGGUUUGGUGGACCGGUCCUUGGAGAGAUCAGUGACAACUUCUCCCAGUGCCUUGAUUUCUUCUAUAACAAAACUCCACCACAGGGUAUCAAUGCAGCAGAAUACCAGCCAAUAUGCCAGCGUUACAAAAACCAGUACCACUUUGCCAGCCUGUAUGACCGUGAGCAUCGCGCACCAUUGUACUCUGCGUACAUACUCAGUCCUGCAAAUGGCAAACGGCCCAACAUUUGGAAGUAUGAACCACAGUUGGCGUUUUCCCGUGCCAGCUCAGAGAUGAAAGACUUUCAAACCCCCGUGGACCAGAAUGUGAUUGAGAGCCAGGCGGUGCUUCAGGACUAUAAGAACUCCAGCUACACCAAAGGCCAUCUCAAUCCCAGCCUGCACCAGAAGACAGAAGAAGACCGUGAGGCCACCUUCACCCUGACUAACAUUGUCCCUCAGCGAGCAGGCUCAAACUCCGGCCCCUGGAGCGUUCUGGAGAAUCAGGUGUUAAAAAGAUUCAAGGCCUUCUGCAACGGGUCGAUGUAUGUUAUCACCGGAGCCAUGCCUUAUAACUCUGAACCCCGCUGGAUCAAUAACAGGGUGUCUGUUCCUGAGUACAUGUGGUCUGCCUACUGCUGUCCAUCCUACAAAUCCAGCCUUCCUGAGUCUGUGAAGCGCUUUUUCCCCACAUAUGCUGCAGUGGGAAGAAAUGACCUCAACAGUGGAGAGGAGAUUGUGCCGGUUAAUGUCAAGGCGAGGGCCUCGGUGAGGGGCUAUGAUGUGAGGCAGAUGUCCUUAGAGACGCUGGAGGGCAUCCUGACACAAAGGCUGGCCAUGCCCAUCAGUCUGUUUCAUGGGCAGUGUCAGUAGCAAAGGGGAAAACACAUCUCCCCAGUGUGUGGUCUAACUCUCUGUUUAAUUACUGAAUGAGUGUUUGAUUAAACAGGACAUAAUGAUUAUCUCAUGAAGGCUUGAAAUUAAUUUUUCCAAUGAUUAGGGUUUGUAAACUAAAUAUUUAAUAUAAACUAUGUGGCUGUGUGGUAAAUUAAAUAAACAAAAAUAUAUUUAGGAAUAGGCAACAUCCAGUUGGACUGUCCCUUAAAACAUUAAAGGGACAGUUCUCCCAAAAAUCAAAAAUAAAUAUUAUUCCCCAUACCUGUAGUGCUAUUUAUCCAUCUAGAUUGUUUGUAUGUAUUUCUGAUUUGGGGGUGAACUGUCCCUUUAAUGUUUUGUGUCAGCAUAGAUAUUUUAUAUGUAGGUUUUUUAGACAAUGCAUUUAUUACGAUUGAUUUACUCUAACAUAUUGCAUAAUAACAUCUACAUUUAAUGCAGCACUUCUGAACAAAAGUAUUAUAUAUUUAAUAAUAACACGCAGGCUUGUUAAACUUUUGUUCACACAUAUGAGACUAAAACUAUUAAAGUCUCAGAGGCCUUGUAAUGCUUCGGCCCAGUCUUGAACAGUUGCUGCAACUUUUGAAAGCCACCAGAUGUCACUGUUUGCUGCCGCAAAUCUUCAAAUCUUUUUCAGCACAAAUUGAAAGAAAGCCACAAAGCUUCAUUCAUCUUAUCUUCUAUCUUAUCUUACACUCUGUAUAGUAAAAAAUGUAGUUAUAAUAUCACCAUCGCACCACAACAGAAUAAAAAUAAAAUAAACAAUAAAUAAAGUAGAUCUAACCAUUAAAGCAAACUUACAAGUAUUACAUUUGAACAUCCUUUCUGCAAUUAAAAAAUACUUUUGUUUAUUGAUUUUUCAGCUCUUUUUUCCAGAAUAACUUAAAACCUUUUUUACAUGACAGUUGUAUUUCAUUGCAGUGGUCUGUGGUACAUGCAGUGACCUCUUCACUUGCCUUGUUUGAUAUGUGUGGGUUAUAUUUUUGAAUACAGCCACACUAUGGUUGUUUCAAAACUUUUAUAUUUCUGGAUAAAGAUAACAGACUACACCUUUAACAGUCUUCAACUUCCAGCCAUGCAAGAUCAGCAUUUUAACUGUUCAUUUUCUAACUGGACAGAUGUGUUUGCAUGUGAGAGCGUACGUGUACAGUGUCAGUAACAAAGCUGACAAGCUAUACUUCCUUGUUGAAUCGGUUGUUAAUCACUUCACUUACCUGCACACAAAUGAUCAAAAUACAAUAUACUAAUAGGUACUUGGAACAUAUGUUUACAACUAUAAUGUGGGAUUGGGACUUAAAGUCUUUACCAGUCUUCUUCCUGUUCUUUAGAAGCUCCUACAAUCUGUCUCGUCUCAUGAUGGUUUAAAAUGAACAUUUCAGACAAAUGUUUUUUUUUUAAAUAAACUUUAUUUAGAUUUUUCCAGUUGGAGGAAUAGGUAUAAAGUUACAGGUGACAUCUCCUAUUCUAAGCUCCCCUCCCCAUUACCUUUCCCCAUGCUUUCCAAGGUCAAUAUACAUACAUAUAUGCAGACAUAUAGAUAAAUAUGGUUUUGUAAAGUGUUACCAUUUAAUAUUUUCCCUUCUGUUGAUGCCAACUCAGACUUUCAAGAUUGAAAUGGGUGAAAAGAGGAUCCUCCUGAUGGUUGUUGCUGAUCUUGUUAAUUAACCUGCACACAUCUCAUCCAUUAUACUCGGGGCCCCUUUGUGAGCCCCCCCCAGUGUCUCGUCAGACUCAAAUACUUAACCAGAGAUCCCCUCUAUCUUUAUAAACUCCCUCCUAGUUUAAAGUGUUUGAUUAAUAUGCUGUCUUCUCUCAUGAUAGUUUGAAAUGAUUAUUUUUGAUUAAUAUGAUUUGGCAAAAUGAACAUGUUUCCCCUCUUGUCAAUGUCAUAUUGAAACAUGUUGAAACAGGAUUUUCCAAUAAAAUAAAAUUGAAAUGGAUGAAA